UCGUUUACGUAACCCUGAAAUAAACAUUGAAGAGCGACCAAGAAGCUGGACUUCGUUUCUAAACAUCUUCCCUUGUGUCUCUCUCUCUCUCUCUGCGAUCCCUUUAUUUAUUCAAAGACCCUGGAACUUCGACGUCGAUCACCAUUUAAUAUGGUUCAACACGUAAUGUGAACGACCGAUACCGAUUGGGCUGCUAUUGGAUAGAUUCGGCUGUUGAUGAAGAAUGGGGAAGACCAGCAAGAUUCUCGUCUGUGGUCAGAGCAGCGUCGGCAAAACGGCUGUGAUUGAACACAUGGUGUAUGGCAACCAUGUGGUUGGAACCCCGACGAUGCCAACAAUUGAAGAUAUAUACACGGCCGUCAUCGAAACUGACCGAGGAGUCAAAGAAAAGGUCCGCAUAUUUGACACAGCUGGUUUGGAUGGAAGCAAACCAGAUCUCCCAAAACAAUAUCUCAACUUUCCUGAUGGUUUUGUGUUGGCCUAUGACGUGACGAACUGGGAGUCAUUCCAGCGGCUGGACAAACUAAAGAAGGACAUUGACAAGCAUCGAGAUAAGAAAGAGGUGUUUAUCAUUGCUAUUGGGAACAAGAAGGAGCUGCAAGACUGCCGCCAGGUUGACUACAAUACAGCACAGUUGUGGGCCAAUAAAGAGAAAGUGAAAUUGUGGGAGGUGACCGUCACCUGUCGGCCCUCACUCCAGGAGCCAUUUGUCUGGCUGACAUCUCGAAUCACACAACCUCCAAGUAUGUAUCACUCUUCUGCCUCAGUUUUCUCUUUCCUCAUCUGUCUUUAUAUAUAUAUUUAUAUAUGUAUGUAUACACAUAUAGCUUUAUAAUCAAGGAUAAGAUCU